AUGGGGUCUCUUUUGAAGCCCGUCAAAACACAGAGAUUAAUGGCAGAAAUGUCGAUGGAUAGAUUGAAGGGUAAAAGAAAACAAAAAGGCAGCAGGCUUUUUUUCAGUGUACUACAAUCUUUGGCUAUAUAUACAGCUGGUGGUGAUGAUGGAUUGGAUAUUUAUAGGAGUGCAGGAUAUUAUAAGGAGAAUAGUAUAAAAG